GCAAAGCAACCCCUCCCCCUCCCCCCACCCCACUCCACCACUGCAUACGGACGCUCCGCCGCUCCACUUUGGCCGAAGCUUCCUGCGGCACAUGCAUCACACCCAGAUCAGAUCAUCAUCACCCAUUUCCAAGAACAACUCCCGCUUCCCCACCCUCCCUUUCUUUCCGUCUUCUUUUGCUCACACCACCUUUAGCGCACGCGACGAGAAGGCCGAUCGACCUCCCUGCCCUGCCCUCUCUCCAUAAUCUAUGUUUUCGCUCAUCAGGCUCAGUCGUCUUUUGGAGGAGAAAUGAAGGGUGGAUGAUGUUGGCGUAUAGAAACUUCUCUGAGAGCGUUCUGACAUGUGCUCAGUAGACCUCCGGCUCAAGUCAAAGAAAGGUUCCAAUUUUUUGGUCCUCCGUGGAAACUGCGACGCGACCGCUACUAUUACCGCUGUUGCUUGCGGCACAAAGGCAGGCGACUCCCCCUUCGCGUGACCUUCUCGGAGCCAAACCCCCAUAAAAGCCUUGGAGAAACACCUCACACAAGUCACACAGGCAGGCUGCAUGGAGCUCCUCAGACUGCUCACACAUGGUAAGCCCGGUGGCGGAGGCGCCGUCACUACGAUCACCACCAACGUCCGCGAUCAAGACUUUAACGACGGCGUCCCCGGCGGCAGUGAUGACGAUGGGCCCUUCUUCGACAUUGAGUUCGCCGUGCCACUGCGGGGGGACGAGGUCCUCAGGCGGGAGAAGCGGCGGUUUUCCUCCAACGCGGGCAAGACGGCGGAGGAGGGGUUCGGCCUCACAGCGUCCCCGGACGGCGGCAGCCUCCGGCGCGACCCUGUCCCCUCAAUCUUAACUUCCGACGGCCUUUUCUUUGAGCUGGUCCCGCUCGGGCCUUCUUCGUUGAGGGACUUCGAUGCCUCCGAGCUGCCCAAGUCGUCCAAGCCUCAAGCCCCUGCCUUCCUCCUCAAAUCUGCUGCCAGGUUCCGCGUCUUUAAGCUGGGCUUUCACAGGAGGUCGAAGUCGACGUCGUCGGAGCUCAACCCCGGCGCCUCACCCGCUACGUCGUCAGCGUCCCCAAAGCAGCAGCACCAAAACAAAUUCUUUGUCAAGUUCAAGGUGGAGGAGGUGUCGCUGGCGUCGCUCUUCACCAGGAACAACAGCUGGAGGAGCUCCAGCAGCAGCAGAUCUGUGCGGCAUUACGCCGACGACGAUUUGCCGGCGUCGGACGAGAGGAAGCUCCCCAGAGACGUGCUCCGCAGGUGUCUUAGCAAAAUUAAGCCGCUUUACAUCAGGAUCUCGAGGCGGUACGGCGAGAAGCUCCGGUUCUCCGGGCCGCGGAGCUCCGGCGGGGCCGGGAAGGUUCGGCCGGCCUGGGAGGGCGGAGAGGCGGGUGGGGGAGGUGACCAGCUGAAAGAGCCGGCUUCAGCCGCGACAAGCUUCAAGGGAUCCCUAAAGUCGCAAGACGUGAACCUCCCGGCGGGGAGGAAGGUGGCGUACCGGAGCCUAAGAAAGAGCCGGUCGGCAUCGGCGGCCGUCGCAUCGGUCCGAUCGCCAACACUGGCGCCCGAGAGGCGGGACGACUCGCUCCUGGAACAGCAAGACGGGAUUCAGAGCGCCAUCGCCCACUGCAAGCGAUCCUUCAACAGAGAUUCGGAGUCGCCGCUGACGCGAUCAAGGAGCGAUCCCGGAGAGGGGAGAUCGGCGGAAGCAAUCGUCAGCAAAGUUUGAUCAUUUCUGUUUGGAUUCUUAUCAGAACUGAUGUCGAAAUCAAAAUGCAUAGAGAAGGAUCGAACAGUGAUGUUCGAUUGGCAGAGCUCUUUCGGAUCUGUCUGUGUUGGGAGGAGGGAGCUGAAAGAACUCUUUUAGCUUUUGUGAGUUUGUCGUGUCUCUGUUGCUUCAUUUGUAGAUACUGUUCGACGAAAUGCGUCAUGUAAUAUUACUUGUAAUUGAAUCCACUGGAAGAUUUCUUAAAGAAACAUCAAGGAGGGGGA